AUGUCGCCUCCAAGCGCUAUCGAUGUCGAUGUACAGGCAAUUGACGACACUACUGCCGUUACCAUCCCGAAUCCCCUCACACUCGAAAGUGUUGCUACAAGACGUGCGGCUACUGGAAAGCUUAUCGCCGGAGUCGCUGCUGUAGCCAAUGUGGACUCAUUCAAGGGAGAGAAGCAGCACCUUCACAAGCCCAGGGCCAAGAGAUGGGACCACCGUCUGAACGCCGAGUCCACAUCACGCAAGGGCAACUCGCUCAAGGCCGCUGCCAAGUACCUCAAGAAGCCCGGCAUCAUCUCGCUCGGUGGAGGUCUCCCUUCAGCUGAAUACUUCCCCUUCGACGAACUGUCCAUCAAGGUGCCAGAGGUUGGCCACUUCUCGGAGAAAGAGACACGCGAACAAGGGCCUGUACUUACAGCCGGGAAGUCUGACCUUGCGGACGACAAGUCGUUGUUCGACAUCACAACCGCCUUCAACUAUGGCCAAGGUACUGGAUCUGCACAGCUGCUGCGCUACCUGGUCGAGCACACGGAGAUCGUACACGACCCUCCUUACCAAGACUGGUACUGUAACAUGACCAUUGGCUCCACUUCUGGUCUGGAUGUUGCCCUCAGAAUGUUCGUGGAGCGUGGUGAUGUUGUUUUGACCGAGGACUACACAUUUGCGACUGCUGUCGAGACGGCUGCACCAAUGGGUGUACGCAUGGUCGGAGUUGGCCUGGAUGACGAGGGUCUCCUUCCAGAGUCUCUCGACGAUAUUUUGAGCAAUUGGGACGAGGCCGCACGUGGUGCUAGAAAGCCGUUCCUGCUCUAUACCGUACCAACAGGUCAGAACCCGACCGGAGCCACCCAGAGCGAACAGAGACGCAGAGACGUGUACAAGGUUGCGCAGAAGCAUGACCUCUACAUUCUAGAAGACGAGCCAUACUACUUCUUGCAGAUGCAGCCAUACACAGGACCCAAUGCGCCUGAUGUGCCACCGCCCAAGACUCAUGCCGACUUCUUGAAGUCGCUUGUACCUUCGUUCCUGUCAAUGGAUGUUGACGGUCGCGUAAUGCGUUUGGAUUCAUUCUCCAAAGUUGUCGCACCCGGAUCACGAGUCGGUUGGAUCACGGCAUCGCAGCAAAUUGUUGACAGAUUUGUUAAGCACAUUGAUGUUAGCACUCAAGGUCCUAGUGGUAUCAGCCAGCUGGUCUUGUUCAAGUUGCUGGAAGAACACUGGGGUCACGCAGGUUUCUUGGAUUGGCUUGUUCACAUCAGAAUGGAGUACACACAGAGAAGAGAUGUCAUGCUCUCGGCUUGUGAAAAGUACUUGCCGAGGGAGGUGAUUAGCUGGAAGCCGCCGAUGGCUGGCAUGUUCCACUGGCUCCAAAUCGAAUAUGAAAAGCACCCUGACCACCAGACCAUGUCUGUCGCAGAACUUGAAGAGAAGAUCUUCCAGACGAUUGUCGAUCACGGUGCUCUGGUCAUGAAGGGCUCGUGGUUCUAUGCGGACAGCCAGGCCAAGCACGAUACUAUGUUCUUCAGAACAACAUAUGCUGCUGCGCCAUUUGACAAGAUUAACGAGGCCAUCAAGCGCCUUGGAGAUGCUGUUAGGGAGGAGUUCAAGCUAGAGAGCCAGUAG